GACAGCUGUGGAGUGCAGUUGGCGCUCAGUGGUCCGGAGAGAAUCCGGAGAAAACAAACAGAAGCAGCGGUGAGAGUGAAAAUAGACGAAAGAAGAGCUAACGGAGAGGAUAACGGGAGCAGAGAUGAAGUCUGGAUCAGAUCCUCCAGGACUAAAGUCUGGAUCAGAUCCUCCAGGACUAAAGUCUGUCAGGAGGUCUCCUAGACUGUCCCCACAGUGCAACAGCAGCGGUGGUGACGCUAAAGGAAAGGAGGAGAAGAAAGGAGGCAGCAGCCUGCAGGAGCUGAAGAGGAGAGGCAGAAUGGAGAGGAGCAGAGAGGAGGAGGAGGAGCUGAACGACAGGCUGCAGACGCUGGACCUGUCAUGUCGGUCAGCAGCCAGUGGAACAGGCGUGGUGUAUUCAGAGAUCUUCACUCAUCAUAAGAGCCUGUGGGAGCCCAGUCACCCAGAGAGUCCCGACAGAGCGACGACCAUCAUGGAGGAGCUGCAGAAACAGGAGCUGCUGUCUCACUGCGUCACUCUGCAGCCCAGAGAAGCGACAGAAGAAGAGCUGCGGCUCGUUCACACGAAAGAGUACGUAGAUCUGAUGAAGUCGACUCAGACGAUGACGGAGGAGGAACUCCACACGCUCUCUGACAAAUACGACUCCGUGUACCUCCACCCUGAGAGCUUCCAGGUGUGUCUGUCUGCGGUGGGUUCAGUCCUCCAGCUGGUCGAUCAGGUGAUGACCUCUGAGCUCAGGAACGGAUUCGCUGUCAUCAGACCUCCAGGUCAUCAUGCUCAGCCCGACCUGGCCAACGGUUACUGCGUGUUCAACAACGUGGCGAUCGCAGCUCGAUACGCUCGGAGCAGACACUCCGUCAGCAGGGUUCUGAUCGUGGACUGGGAUGUUCAUCAUGGUCAGGGGAUCCAGUACAUCUUCCAGAACGACCCUAGUGUGCUGUACUUCAGCGUCCACAGGUUUGAGGGCGGAGCUUUCUGGCCACACCUCCCAGAGUCUGACAGUCAGAGCGUGGGCGGAGGACGAGCUGAAGGCAGAAACAUCAACCUGCCCUGGAACAAGACGGGGAUGACGGGCGCUGACUACAUCACGGCUUUUCAACAGCUGCUGCUGCCUGUAGCCCACGAGUUCCAGCCUCAGCUGGUCCUGGUCUCUGCAGGCUUUGACGCUGCGGUUGGAGAUCAGAAGGGGGAGAUGAGCGUCCGUCCUCAGUGUUUCCACGUCCUCACUCACAUGUUGAUGAGUCUGGCUGAAGGUCGCCUCGUUCUCGCUCUGGAGGGAGGUUACAACCUGCAGUCAACAGCAGAGGGCGCUGCAGCCUGUGUCAGAGCUCUGCUGGGAGGAGCCUGUCCUCCUUUGACUCCGCCCACUGCUCCAUCUGACAGUGCUCUUCAGUCCAUCUCUCAGACCAUCUCUGCUCUGUAUCCGUACUGGACCUCUCUGCAGACCCUGGAGGGCGGUCCAUUGGCUGAGGGGCGUGUCGUCAGGGCAACAACCAACGAUAAAAGCACAAAACCAUCCAGCUCCACCCCCUCUGUUACCACGACAACAGGUCUGGUUUAUGAUGAGAGGAUGAUGGAGCACAUGAACCUGUGGGACAGACAUCACCCUGAACAGCCUCAGAGAAUAUUCAAGAUCUUCUCCAAACAUCAGCAGCUGGGAUUGGUCGAUCGUUGCCGACAGAUACCGGCUCGUUUAGCGACAGAGGAGGAGCUGGCCAGGUGUCACAGCGUGCAGCACAUCAAACAGAUGAAAUCCACCGCAGACAUGAAGCCCAGAGAUCUGCACAAACUAGGAAAUGAGUUCAACUCCAUCUUCUUCAACAACCAGAGCUACACGGCGGCUCUGCUGGCUGCAGGAAGCUGCUUCAAUGUUGUAGAGAAGAUCCUUAGUGGAGAGGUGAGUAACGGCGUGGCGAUCGUUCGCCCUCCCGGUCAUCACGCGGAGAGAGACUCUCCCUGUGGCUUCUGUCUCUUUAACACGGCAGCUCUGACCGCUCGCCAUGCCCAGAAAAUAUCCCAGGAUGCACCACUGCGAGUCCUCAUCCUGGACUGGGAUGUUCACCAUGGGAACGGGACGCAGCACAUGUUCGAGAACGAUGACAGCGUCCUUUACGUCUCCCUCCAUCGCUAUGACAACGGGACAUUCUUCCCUUCUUCAGUGGACGCUGCACCUGACAGGGUGGGCGUUUCUAAGGGGGCGGGGUUUAAUGUGAAUGUGGCAUGGAGUGGAGGGAGGAUGGGUGACUCAGACUACCUCGCUGCCUUUCACCAAGUUGUGAUGCCGAUCGCCACAGAGUUUAACCCCAGUCUGGUUCUGGUGUCUGCUGGAUUCGAUGCAGCUCGGGGGGAUCCGCUCGGAGGUUAUAAUGUGACGCCAGAGGGAUACGCCCACCUCACACAUCUGUUGAUGUCACUGGCUGGGGGGCGUGUCCUUGUCAUACUGGAGGGCGGGUAUAAUCUCACCUCCAUCUCUGAAUCCAUGGCGAUGUGCACCAGCAUGUUACUGGGAGACCCUCCUCCCUCCUUAGUGACGCCCCUCCCCCCUCCUCAUCACAGCGCCGUGGCAACGAUAAACCAGGUGAUCCGGUACCACGCCCCCUACUGGAGGUCCCUGAGGAUACACAUCCCAGAGUCUCUGCGGGCAUCCAUACCCUCCCCUAAGCAUCGUGGGAAACGUGGUUCCAAAGGAAAAGGCAGGAAGUCAGAUCAGAGCAGCGCAGACAGACCACCUCUGCCCCCUACAGGACCGAAUGACUCAGCGACAGAGAACAGCCUGGACCAGCUCGCUCAGGGAUUGGCCAGUUUAGACAUCAGUCAGAAUGCACCCUGUCCCACCCCGGUCACAUCAACACCAGUGGGCGGGGCCAGGCCAAAGGUCAGGCUCAGCCCAGAGAAAGUCACCUGUGAGGGUGAAGUGAAGGUGGAGCCAGAGGAGAGGACACCAGAGCAGAGCCAAUCAGGAGGGAGCACCCAGCCUCAGCCUGAGGCUGUUGCCAAGGCAGCAUCAGAAUCCGUUGCCUCUGGAGAAAAGCCAGUUGAAGGAAAGGAGGCGGAGCCAGAGUCAGAGGGAGCAUGUGGUUGGUCGAAGUCUCAGAUGUCUCUGGAGCUGACAUGUGGAGGACAAACAGACGCCCCUCUCUACGUCGUCGACCCCCUCCCCUGGUGUCCUCACCUGGAUGCAGUGAAGCCCCUCCCCUCUUCAGGUAUUGAUGUCUUCCAGUCGUGUCAGGACUGCGGCUCAGAGGCUGAGAACUGGAUCUGUCUCACCUGUUACCAGGUGUUCUGUGGUCGUUAUGUGAACGAGCACAUGGUCAUUCACGGCGCCGUGUCUGAACACCCGAUGGUGCUGAGCUUCUGCGACCUGUCGGUGUGGUGUUACCUGUGUGAGUCGUACAUCCACAACCAGGUUCUGUUUGAAGCUAAAAAUGCUGCUCACUUUGCCAAAUUUGGAGAGGAGAUCCCUCCAUGGAGCUGAGAGGAGGAGGAGGGUGAUGAAGAGGAGGUGAUGAGGAGGCUGGUGUCAAAACUGAACGCUGUGUCUGUUUCCCUCUUUUUUUAACGUCUUCCUUCUGUGUGGUUGGGUUUGUGAGUGUUCUGUCCUCUAUCACAGCUAGAAGCAAUGGUGCUUUGUGGGACAUUCAGUUAAAUACACCCAGCACAAUCUACGGUGUCCCACAGAUGCCAAAAAAACAAAAACCUCACAUACAACAACAACAACAAAAAGAAAAGACAAAAGAGAUUUACUGUCCAGACCGGUGCUGAACAUCUUCAUCUUCAUCUUCAUCAGAUGUUGGUUCUAAUCCCUGGAAAUGUGACUUCCUACCAGCACAUUCUUCACCUUUAGGGCCUGAGUCUACACGACGUUAUUUAUUUUAACGCUGGCGGCGCUGCAGAGUGCUUCUCUUCAGCGUUUACUGCUGUGAUGUUAGGAAGUGGCUUUCUGCCUCGGUAGGAUCCAGAAAGUUUUAAAGCAUCUAGAGAUAAAUAUUUCCCUUACUUAUGAUCAUUUCAGCAGGUAAACAAAAAAACAAUAUAAAAUAAUCGUGUCCUGGCAGUGACAGCUGUAGACCGCAAAGCUUUCCUCUCAAAAAUCUGAUCAGAUUCUCUGCCGCUUUAGGGGAUAUCUAGCUAUCUAUCUUUAGCUCUGGAAGCUGAGAACAUUAAUUGCUGCAAUAAAUUGGGUUUAUAUUAAAAAUGAGUGAAAAAAACAGCUGACUCAGGCCCUGAAUGUUGAAAAUCUGAAUUUUAGAGUCGUGACGGUGCCACCAGCAGGCCAAACCCACAAACUACAGCUCAUGUACGGUUUCUGUUUCUGGUCGUUUCUGUCGAAACUCGAUCUGUUUCUAUGAUCAGCUGAGAGCCUCGACCUUCACUCGGACGGCUUUCUAACUUCAGCAAACAUCCGAGUUCGUGUUUUAUGGCGUCUUUCAUUAAAGAUUAGUGAUCACAACUAAAACUGGAAAAACAGCUGUAUUCCCUAAAACGGUCAGAUCUGCACAGUGAAAAAUAUGUUUUCUUUGGGUUAAAAUAAAAGUUUGGGUUUUAGGAGGCUGAGCUCAUGAAAAAAGGAAGUAUUAUUUUAUUUAAGAGGAAAAUGUGACUUUAAGGAGCUGACUCCAAACCAUUUAAGUAUUCUGUAGUUUAAACGUUUAAACAGCGUGUCCCAGCAGCAGGAGAGGGUCAGAUAUCGCUUUAUAUCGCCCUCGCUCUCCACACUUUAUCCAUUAAAUGGUAAAUUCUCUGUAAACUCAGUUUUCUCCUUAACCUCCAGAGACUCUGCAUGUUUAUUAGAGGACGCUACAUUUUUACUUUCCAACAACUUAGCAAUAAGCUCUGCUGUUAAAAUUUUGAGAUAAUUUCUCCGGUUUUAGAAGUAUAUAGAAGUUUAAGUAGUUUGCUCAGAAUGUCUGGGAAUUUCCCAAACAAUUUUUUUAAUGAAUUUUCCCUUGAAUUUUAUUGGAUAUCGUUGAAAAAAAAGCUUGGAAAUUUCCAUAUUUUUUAUGGAAUGUUAGUGGAAUUUAUUUGUAAAUUGACUGGGAAUUUUGGGGGGAAUUUUCAUGAUCAUUGUUGUCUGUAUUAUUGUUUAAAUAAUUUGCAGUUUGGUGGAAUUUGCUUUGAAAUUUGUUGGUACUUUCAUGGAAGUUUGGAAAGUUUGAAUUUUUUUUUAGUGUGAUUGAAAAAUGUGGGCGAAUUUGUUUGGUGGUAAUUUGGGGGGAAAUUUUCAUGAUUUUUCAGUGGAAUUUUGGUGGAUUUUAUUUGUAAUUUUACUGCUAAUUUUGGGUGGAAUUUGCUUUGAAAUUUUCCAAAAUGUAUUUGUCUAUAGUAAUGUAGAAUUGAUUUGCAGUUUUGUUGGGACUUGCAGUAAUAUAUUUUUUAGUCAUUUUCAUGGGAACUUGGUUAAUAAUUUUGUGGGUAAAUCUCCUAGAUAUUUUCUUGUAUAUAAUUAAAAGUUUGAGGGAAAUAUUUUGAAAAUUUUCAUCAAUUUUCCAUGGAAUUUUUGUGGAAUUUAUUUGUAAUUUGCUUUGAAAUUUUAAGGUAUUUGAUUGCAAAUUUUUAUGGAAAUUCCAUGGAAAGUUUUAGUUAAAUUUUUGGCCUUUUUCAGAAAGUUUUACUGGAAUUUUUGGGGAAUAUUUGUGGACAUUUUUUAAAAAUUAUUUUUCAGUGGUUCAAAAAUCUUGAAGUUGCCUUAAAAUGUCUUGGAACUUUAAGGGAAUUUUGGGGAAAUUUUGUGUUUUGGAAAUCUGCAAUAAUUUAAAGAAAAUUUCCAAGAACUUUUAGUGGAAAUUCAGUUCAUACCUAUUAAUGACUGAGUUCCUUCUAACCAAACACAUCAGAUGGACUGUUUUAUAUUUCCGUGCCAUGGAUAUAUUUCAUAUUCAUCUGGGAAAACUCCUGUAGAGAACGAUCAGGAGAGACAAGACUUUUCUAAAAAUUCUGGUAAUGUGAUUGGACGAAUGUCACAUUCGGGACGAGUCAAUCAGAGCGACUAGACAGAAUCAGGUCGUACACAUGUGCGGCUCCGCUAGUAAAGUAAUCCUGACAGGAAAACUCUGCUGGAGUGUAUAAACAGAUGAUUUAUUACCGUCCGUUCCCAACGGUCCAGAAAAGCGCUCGCUGGGUUCAGGGAGUCUGAGACAAACCCACCGCCUGAGUUCCUGAGAAAGUCUUGAUCCUGAGAGUAUCAGAGUGUCUCAGUAAGGUCUGUGUGAGCAUGGAGAUAAAGAUGAAGAGAUUCUGAUGCUAACAGAGCGCCUCGGACUCUGCAGCUCUGUUAGCUUAAUAAAGGGGGGCUGGUGAGAAACGGAGGGUCGUAUCUCGCUGCCAGGUGUCGCUAUGCUGGCUGUUAGGACACUCUACUCCAGAAUAGGUGUACACAUUUGUUCUUACCUCAGUAUAAACGCUCCAUAAAGAGAGUUAUCAUUAGUUUAAAUGACAUGAUCAGAUUCUGACAGAGCAGAGCGUCCCGGGACGUCCAGGUUGAGAACCAACUGAACUGAAAUAGGCUGAUUUUGUCCUAAAGGCUCAUGAAUGCUGCUGGGACACGCUGUAGGAUUAUAUAACUGUUAAUAAGAAGGCAAAAUCCAGAAGUGUUAAACUCAUUUAGUACUGUGAAGAGGAAAGCUUCUGAUUGGUGUAAAUGGAGACUGAGAAACAGGGGGCUUUUAUUUUGAAAGCAGACGAGCACCUUUGAUUUUCUGAUUGUAUUCCAUGUGUUAAAACCUUUCAGUUUAAUUUCUUUUUAAUUUUAAGAAGUUAAAAAGUCCUCACUCUAGUGGAAAAUCAUCUCAUUUUUUAUAAACUUUAAAAGUUUGGAGCUGCAAACUGAAGAGUUUUAUCCCGUUUGGGUGUUUAGUUUUCUGUCUGAACUUUGACCCACAGAUGCCCCAGUCACAUUUCUUGAUGCCAGUACUGAUAUUGUUUUUAUUUUGAUUCAUCAGCUGGUUUAGCAGUUGGUCGGUCUAUUUAGCUUUGCAGUGUACUAAGAUCUCCUGUAGGUGGCAGCGUAUCCUGAUUGAAGUCAUCCUUAUUCUGUCAGCUUCAUCCUUUUACUGCCUUUGUUCAACAAAAACCUCCAGAGGAGCAGAAACCCAGGCUCCUACAGUAGGGACGGUUACAUGUCGUCAUUUAUGGGUUUUUAUUAGGUCUCAUUGAUUUGGGAACAUAAUCUAAUUGUGAUUUUUUCCCCCAAUAAUGUGAUUUAAUAUGCGAUUAUUUUUAAAACUCCUCAUCUUAUGCAUUUCUCAACAAAAAGCAAUAAAUAAUUCUAUAUUAUAACAAGCAGUCUUUGCUCUUUAAAGGCCGAGAGCUCAGUGUUUUUGAACAUCAGAAAACUAAAUGUAGAAACGUGAGUUUAACUCUGGGUUUCAGCUCCAAACUUCAGUUUAAAGUCUGCAGAACAAACAGACAACAGCGGGGGGGUGUGAGGAGGAAAGCUGCGUGUCUGAGUCCGAGUUCCUCGCUCUGUCAGACGGCCGUAGCCGUGUUUAGGAGGUCUGAGUGCUGUGCAAUAAUCUGUUCUUUCCUGCCUGUUUUAUAAAUGUUUUAUUAAACUUUUGUUUGUACGACUUCCUGUCAGCUGAUUUAUGAUCAUCCUGCAUGGUUUGAUGUUUGGAUUAGCAAUGCUUUUUUAUGAGGGAUUAUUUCACAUUUUAUUUAGUUUAUUCUUACGUCUACAGGAGCUAUUCCUCUAGUGUUUUUAUUCUCAGUAAAGUAAAAUCACUGUGAUUCUGAUGUUUUAAAGACAUAUGAUUGGGCUUUCAUGCUUUUAUUCAGAGAGGGAACCUGGGGGAAGAGAAAGCUACGGAUGGUCCAAAAAUGGCAAAAAUGAGUGAAAAGUGACUAAAAUGGGCAAAAAAUGUGGCAAGAUGGGGAAAAAGUGGUGUUUAAGUGCAAAAUGGAGCCUAAAUGUGCAAAAAAUUGCAAAACAAAGCUGGAUAAAAGUCACUGACAGUAAUGAAAAAUGGCAAACAUGGGUACAAAGUGGCAAAAAUAGGUCAAAGUGACAAUAAAACCAAGUGAAAGGAGGUGAAAAUGGUUGAAAAACAGCAAAAAAUGGGCGAAAAGUUGGCAAAAAAGGCAUGCAAUGGACAAAACUAAGUGAAAAGAGGGAAUAGUUACAGGUGGUCCAGAAACAGUAAUAAUGUGGCAAAAAAUGAGUGGAAAGUGACUAAAUAUAG